UGGGUACUCCACUCAUCGUGUCGUGCUACGGGUAUAACGCGAGAGAGGCGAAACUGGUGUGUAGGCACCAUCGGUCGAACAAGCGAGGCGAGGAGCCGAGGCAAGGGCGAAACGUUGGUCGAGUGGGUCUAAGCGGCCGUGAGGACCUCUCCAGGAACCCAACAGUCCUCUCCAUUCAUUCAUCCAUCCAUCCAAACCCAACGCAGCCUAAGCCCAUCCAUCCGCGUCUAUCCAUAGAAACCUCGGGUGCUCCUCUCUACGGAGAGUGAGUGUAUCCUCGGUGAAGGUGGAGGCGAAGAGAGUUGAGUGGUACAUCUACCCAUCGUCUAUCGAGCAGAGUCCAAGGACUCAAAGACCCACUGGGUGAUUUCAGUCGGCCGUCGGCCGGCUCAGCCGGCCACUACCUCCAAAAGCAAAUCUCCACAAUUUAUCAUCUCAUUAAUAGUUUUUUUAUCAUUUACCUAUUUUCCCCUGUGAUAGCAACGGUUGCACAAUCCAGUGAAGUGUUUGAUUCUCCUGGAGAACAUGGUAUCAACACUGAUGUUGAUCAUCAGGACGCUUGAUGACACAUCAGUGGCUUCAGCGUUUGCCUUUGACACCCAGUGAGGAUUUAUUCGGUUUUAGUUUUGUUUCUCGCAGUUUAAUUUAAGUGAACAGUGGAACAUGGUGUUGGUGAUUGCAUACAGAAAUCAAAUCUGAAUGGUGAUUGGUGUUAUUGUGAAGGAUGUUUUUGUACAAAUCAAUAGUAUCUUAUGACAACAGCGGAAUGCCAGUACUGAUUAAUUCAGCUCAACUUAUCUAGACGGAUAAGUAUAUUUUUUGAGAACAUCAUCUUCACAAGCCGCGACACUGAAGUACCUGGACGAAGUGAAAUUCGCCGAGAUGAGCGGCGGCAGUGGUGGAGCCAGUGGAGGUAGCCAGGGUAGCAACAAUGCAACGAGCUAUCAUCAGCACCAGCAGCAGCAGCAGCAGCAGAAUCAAAUGGAGCAAACGGGUCUUCUACCGGACCUCAAUGGUGUCGACCUGGCGAUGAGUUUAUCACCAAAACAACAUGCCUCCCACGUACCAGGUGGUGGUGCUCAUACAACACCAUUCAGUGUCACGGAUAUUCUAUCGCCGAUUGAGGAAUCAUAUCGAAAACUCGAGCUAGCUGCCGUCGGCGUUGGCAUUAUCUCCCAUCCCCAGGGAUCACCGUACACCAACACAUGUGGCGCCAGGGUGGGUAACACUGGUAGCUCAAGUGCAAGCAGUGGAAGUCCACCCCUUCACGGUGGCUCGACUCCUGGUGGCAGUACACCAGGCCCCGUCAGUGGAGCCAAUGGCAGUAGCACUGGACCAGCUAUUGGCAAUGGCGGAGGUAUGAGUGCUAUGGGCAAUCCGUAUGCCACAAUGCAGAUUACCUCACAGUAUCAGUACUGCACCGCUGAAUUAUCGCCUUAUCAUCAUGGGGGUCCUGGGGUUGGUGGAGGCGUUCACACGGGAUCCGACCCCAUGAGAUCGCAUGCCGUUUCGUCGCAUCAUCAUCCGUGGUAUGCACCAGCUCCAACCACUACCAAUGAUCCCAGAUUUGCCAUAUCAAGACUGAUGGGUGCAGCUGGUGGUGGUAACAUGGCUGGAUGUUCAGUUGGGCAGUCAAUGGCCGACGUUGGUAAAUCAUCGGGUAUGGGCGUUGGCGUUGGAGUUGGUGUUGGUAUGGGUGUUGGUGCUAUGCAAUUCCCUCUGGCACAGAGGAGAAAACGACGUGUACUCUUCACACAGGCACAGGUUUACGAGCUCGAGAGGCGAUUCAAGCAGCAAAAGUACCUCAGCGCGCCUGAGCGAGAGCAUCUUGCUUCGCUCAUUCAUCUGACACCCACCCAGGUGAAAAUCUGGUUUCAAAAUCACCGAUACAAGUGCAAAAGACAAGCGAAGGAGAAGGCGAUGGCAGAGCAAAACGCCCAAAAUCAGAGCGCGAGUUCUCCCCGACGGGUAGCUGUACCAGUCCUGGUGAAAGAUGGAAAACCAUGUGGAAGUGGUGGAGGUGGGGGUAACGAGGGAAGUCGUGGGGGCCCUAGUGCGGCCCUAGCGAGUCCAGCGCCCCACAUGACCGCGGCCUCUAGUCCCCAUGGGACUCAUCACGGGGCCAGUGUUUCCCAUCACUCGUUAGCCGGUGUCAGUCAUGUUAUGUCGUCCAGUCAGAGCCUCCAGCACUGUUCUUACACGAGAACCGGUGGACAGCAGGCGAUGCAGCAACAACAGCAGGCCCAGUGCGGGGCCUAUUUACCACUCCAGGGUAGGGCCUGGUAGUGCGCGCCAUCCGCGGCAGGGGCAGCGGCCUACGCUAAUCCCUCCGUCGCCGGCCCGUGGGCCCUCGCCGCGGAUCCAACUGCAUGGUACACUAUUCCAGAUGAAAGCCCUUGAAAUUAAAUUAAAGAUUUAUUAUUUUGUCGUUGAGUGGUUUCCGGUUCGUUUUUUUUUUGCCGUUGACAUUUCACGAAAUUCUAUUGCUAAUGAUUCUACUCGGCCCUGAAUAUUUUUAUUUUAUUUUUUAUUGAAGAACUUAUUUGUAAACGAUUUGAGAGGAAUUCAAUUUUUGUUCAGAGUGAAAUGACAUUUUUUUUUUAUCGGGUGAAUUGAUUAUUAAU